CUAACCUCUAAUAGUCUCUCUCUCUUUCACUCUCUCAAUACUGUUGAAAGGACUACGACACCCCGCCAGCGGAAGCACCAACUAUACGUCUUCUUUUCUAAACGUUGUCUUCGUUUUUACUCAACACUUGGAUUCUCCAGGUGAAAGUAAGCCUCCAAAAUGCCUGCUGUAAAAGGGGAUGGAAUGCGGGGACUGUCAGUUUUUAUAUCUGACAUAAGAAAUUGUAAAAGCAAGGAAGCAGAAAUUAAGCGCAUCAACAAAGAAUUGGCAAAUAUUCGUUCCAAAUUCAAAGGUGACAAAACCUUGGAUGGCUAUCAAAAGAAGAAAUAUGUCUGCAAACUGCUGUUUAUCUUCUUACUGGGUCACGACAUUGACUUUGGCCACAUGGAAGCUGUCAACUUGCUCAGUUCCAAUAAAUAUACAGAGAAACAGAUCGGUUAUCUCUUUAUCACAGUGCUCAUCAGUGCUGGCAGUGACCUCAUGAAAUUGGUCAUUCAGUCAAUCAAGAACGACCUUAACAGCCGCAACCCAGUACAUGUUAACCUAGCUUUACAGUGCGUUGCCAAUAUUGGCAGCCGAGAAAUGGCAGAAAACUUGGGGACGGAGAUUCCACGUUUACUCGUAUCGGGGGAGACUAUUGACUCUGUAAAGCAAAGUGCAGCCUUGACAUUGCUGCGUUUAUUGCGCACUUCACCUGACUUGAUCCAGAUGGGUGAAUGGACAUCUCGUGUUAUUCACUUGUUGAAUGACCAACAUAUGGGUGUUGUCACCUCUGCUGCAAGUCUUAUUGAAGCUCUUGUGAGAAAGAAUCCUGAGGAAUACAAAGGCUGUGUGUCAUUGGCUGUAUCUCGGUUGAGCAGAAUUGUUACUUCAUCAUACACUGACCUUCAGGAUUACACUUACUAUUUUGUUCCUGCACCUUGGUUAUCAGUGAAGUUGCUAAGGCUGCUACAGAAUUAUCCUCCUCCAGAGGAUCCAGCCGUUCGCACACGUCUCACGGAAUGCUUGGAAACUAUACUCAACAAAGCACAAGAAGCACCGAAAUCUAAAAAGGCACAGCAUUCCAAUGCCAAAAAUGCAGUAUUGUUUGAAGCGAUAAAUCUAAUCAUUCACAUGGACAGUGAUCCUAACCUUUUAGUUAGAGCUUGUAACCAACUUGGACAGUUUCUUCAGCACAGAGAGACCAAUCUCAGAUAUCUAGCAUUGGAGAGUAUGUGUUUGUUAGCAACAUCUGAGUUUUCCCAUGAGGCCGUAAAGAAGCACCAAGAAACUGUUAUCACCUCUUUGAAGACGGAACGAGAUGUGAGUGUGCGUCAGCGAGCUGUCGACUUAUUAUAUGCCAUGUGUGACAGGACCAAUGCGGAAGAGAUUGUGGCAGAAAUGUUGGAAUAUCUGGAAUCUGCUGAUUACUCCAUUCGAGAGGAAAUGGUCCUAAAAGUGGCCAUUUUAGCUGAGAAAUAUGCUGUAGAUUACACCUGGUAUGUGGAUGUAAUUCUAAACCUGAUCCGAAUUGCUGGAGAUUAUGUGAGUGAAGAGGUCUGGUAUCGAGUUAUCCAGAUUGUCAUUAACAGAGAUGAUGUACAAGGAUAUGCUGCCAAGACAGUCUUUGAAGCUCUACAAGCUCCUGCCUGUCAUGAAAACAUGGUCAAAGUUGGAGGUUAUAUUCUGGGCGAGUUUGGCAACCUUAUUGCUGGUGACCCAAGAUCAAGUCCUAUUGUUCAGUUUGAGUUACUCCAUUCAAAAUACCACUUAUGUGGAGCAGCUACCAGAGGCUUGCUACUCUCAACUUAUAUUAAAUUUGUUAAUUUGUUUCCUGAGAUUAAAUCAUCUAUUCAAGAGGUCCUUAAAAGUGGUAACAACUUAAAAAAUCCAGAUGUAGAAAUCCAGCAACGUUCAAUGGAAUAUUUACAGCUCAGUACUGUGGCCACUGCUGAUGUCUUGGCUACUGUUUUGGAAGAAAUGCCUCCAUUCCCGGAACGUGAGUCUUCGAUUUUGGCUAAACUGAAGAAAAAGAAGCCAUCAAGUGUGCCCGAAACAGCAGAAAUAAAGGAACAUAAACAUAUACCUCAGGCCCAGAUCAGCAACAAUUUGGAACAUGCUAGCUCACCUCCAUCAUCACAGGUCAGCUUUGAAAAAUUUGCUCUCUCUUCACCAUUUCUGCAUUCCACUCCUAGCAACACAGGUGUCUCUAUAGAUCUUCUUGGGCUGGGAUCUUCUACACCUUCCACUACAAAUAAGCUAACAUCAGCAAGUGGUCUGCUGGUCGAUGUUUUUGCUGAUAAUUAUCCUACUGCAUCAAACGGCUUAGAAUCAUCCGGACUAACGUUGGGAGCAGAUGAAAGUUUUAAAAAAUUUAUCUGUAAAAACAAUGGUGUGCUUUUUGAAAAUGACCUUUUGCAAAUUGGAGUUAAAUCUGAAUACAGAUGUAACUUGUGCCGAUUAGGAAUGUUUUACGGAAACAAAACAUCAUUCCAUUUCACAGCUUUCUCCGUUGAUAUAGAAUGUUCAGAUAGAAUUAGCAGUCAGUUGAAUAUACAACCAAAACCUGUUGGAACUGUAAUAGAAGGUGGGGCUCAGGUCCAGCAGAUAUUCAACGUAGAAUGUGUUGAAGAAUUUACUGAAUCACCAAUUGUUCACAUAAAAUUCAUGUAUAGUGGUGCUCAACAGAAAAUCAGUUUAAAGUUACCUGUCACUCUAAACAAAUUUAUUGAAUCAGUUGAAAUGAAUACCGAAGUAUUCUUUGCUCGAUGGAAAGCACUCAAUAAUCCCCAGCAAGAAUCCCAGAAGAUAUUCCAGGCUCAGAAUCCAAUGGAUGCAGAACAAUCAAAGGCCAAGAUCCUUGGCUUCAACUUGAGUGUUUUAGAAGGCAUUGAUCCUAAUAAAGAUAACUUUGUGUCAGCUGGUAUCUUACACACCAAAUCCCAGCAGAUUGGUUGUUUAGUACGAUUAGAACCCAACUUACAAGCUCAGAUGUAUCGUUUGACCGUCAGAGCAAGUAAAGAUACGGUGCCAAAGGCUAUUGGGGACCUGUUGGCAUUGCAGUUCUGAGUGGAGAAAGAAUAAAGAUAAUACUUUUGACAUUAACAUCAUCUGUGAACUUUCUUCCUGGCAGAUAAAGAGUUAAUUAAAUAUAUAAAAUAUCAAAUGAAACAAGAUUGCAUACGACAGCAUUAACAAAACAUGUUGUGAUGAAAAAGAAAGGCAAAAAUUAAAGAAAGAAAACCAUACGGGAGAAAAAAAACAUGAGGAUGAUCGAUUCUUUCUUUAGAAUUAAUAAAUAUGUGUCCAAAAUUGUUAAUUUUUAUCUACCUUGCCAUGUCCAGUGUAGUGUUUGACUGGUGUUCAGUACAAUAUGAGGAAGAGGAGACAACUUGGCUUAAGUUUAGAUGGAAAAAAAAAAUGAAUAAAUGAAUAAAAAAAAAAGUGGUAACUGAAUUCAAAAGACAAACUAAUGCUAGGCAUCGAAAUGGCAGGAGUGCAUGGGGAAGAGAAUCUAGAUUUUAGAUAAUUACCAGCCAACAGUUUUAAACGUAUUUGUGAAUGGUUAAA